UCUAGGUAUAUUCGAACUGUGCUGUUAUAUUAUAAGCCGUACGUAAGUUCAUAGUUAAGCAUACCUCGCUUUGAGCCGCCAACCCCACGUUCCCUUAUGUGAGACCGGGCUCCAUUCUAGGACGUGGGCUCGCGUGGUAGUCCCUUUCUCCUGGGUCUAAAAUGGAGCCAGGGACAAUUUUAUCGAUUGUUCAACUUUCACAUUCAGUCCUUGAACUAGGCUCUAAGAUUGCCCAUGAGUUCUUCGGACAGAAUAACAGAGUACCGGACAAACUAAGACGCCUUAAUGAUCGGCUUAAAGAAUUUCACACUAUUGUUGAUGGAAUAAUAGACGGCUCUUAUGAGCCAAAUACCUUGCCAAACCUUGUCUACCCCGGAGCCGACGCUAUUGUUGAGACUCUGACUGAGUGUAACGAUUUCCUCCGCCAAUAUGAGUCCGCGUUAUCAGCAGAUCGAACUUCCGGAAGAGCGAGCCAACGACUGGCCCUUGUUGUUGGGCCAAAUAAUUCUAGGAUCCAAGAACUUGACAGAAGAAUACUAGACCACUAUCCAGCGCUUGAAUUAUGGAAAACCACCGGCUUGGAAAGGGCGGCUCUACAGCUUGGAGAAUCAACGAUCGCGAAGCAACAGACUAACAGCCAGGAAAACCGAGCAUCUGAUAUAAUAGCUGAAUCACCACCACGAGCCGAGUUAUCCGGGAGGUCUGCAGAAGAAGCUCUAACUAGCUUUUAUACAACUCAAGUGGCAACCCCUACCCUUAAAGCGGUUUCUCGGAACCCUUCUCUUCCCUCGAUAAACGAGCUACCAUCGCCGCAAGUGGGAGAAUCAUCUUUCCCCGAUGCUGUAUCACAUAGGCAACGCUCAACAGGAUUAGAGACUGGUCCUGUUCUGGCGCAUCUUAGAGGCUACAGCCGCGAAAAUGCAGCAAGCCCUUCAAUACGCGCUAGGCCUACGAACAAUGCAGAGUCAUUAUCUCCGGUUCUGCUAUCAACAUCACCUACAUCACAAUUUCGUCGCCAAGGGUAUCCAGUGUCAAUACGUAUUGGCUCCCAGUCGUACCAACUGAGUACUAACGAUUAUAAGGUCUUCGACAUUGGUGGCAACAGGGUGAUCGAAUGGUCCAAUAUUGGCUCCCGCCUAACAAUCCAACAUUUCGUUCCUAACCCGUGUAGUAUUCCAUACACGAUACCGGGGGACUUGGGACCUUACAAAGUACGGUUUCUCCCAAUAAGCGCCAGGCACCAGUUCAAAAUAAUAACGCCAGAUGUGGGAAUUGAGAGCCUCUACGAGAAGCCGGAAUAUCGAUUUCACCGUAAGGUGGACAGGGAGGCCUUUCAGCAAACCGUUCGAAGAUGCGACUACUUAGAGAUAGUAAGAGCCCUGAAAGUGCAUACUGCUAAAGAGAGAGAAAUUGCUAUGAAGUUCCACUUGAAAGUGUGGCGGCACAGUGCCCAGGACGAUAGGCCAACGUUUUCCUUCGCGGCAAAUGAAAUAGGCCACAUGGAGUUUCACAUUCGAUGGUUCAAAAGGGUACCGGAAUUGAAAGGGGACACCAAGUUGGUAAUGAGAUUAUACUCGAAGAAUGAUGAUUUGGCGGAUGAGCCUGAAACCACCGAGCCGCGAAGGUUAUCUUUUACUUUUGGGAUGAAGAGAUUAUCUGGGGGUUCGACGCAAACGAGUAAUUCCGAUUCGCGUUCGACGUCGCGGUCAUGCUCCUCGUCUACCAAACCCCCGCCUCUUUUGUUAUAUGAAGGCCAAGGAAUAGAGCCGCCAGACGACGUUCGGAGUUUGGAAUACUUGGAAAUAGAGUUUUUGAACUCAGAUGUUCGGAAAUCCUUCAUACACGCAUGCCUGGAAGCACAUCGCCCAGCCUUAGAAACUUCGCGAAGAAACAGCACGCCGAGUCCAUUUUCGCAACGUCCGUACCCGAGAUCGCCUAGUUGGACUCUGGGACAAGAUCAAGGUCCACACGAACUAGAAGAGCCCGGAAAACGUGAACUGUCGGCCGACUCUGAAGUUUACGAGAUGAUGGGAGACUCGGGGUUCCAGAUGCCUCCUCCGAGUUUGACGACCCCAUAUUCCCCCGAAGAAGUUCGGUUUAACACGCGCUUCCUGUUUGCACCAUCACGAGCAACCGAUUACGAGAAGAUCCUAGAGACUGAUGAAUGUCACGGCAAGGACGACGAUGCUCAGGCACCAAGAUAAAAGUGGGAUACAUUAUUCGGGUUACCUAGGGGAGCUAUGAUUUGCUAUGGAAUAUAUAUGACAUGUUAGAAGUUUGAAGGUAAUGGAAGCUAAGGCAAUACCCACGAUAAUUGGGUUUAGGAUAUUGGGACAGAGAUAUUAACGGGACCUAGCAUAUUAAGGUGAGCAUAUUUAGUGACCUACCUACUACCUAUAAUGGUCGGGUCUUUAAAAGGUUGAAUUUGGCGUUCAAGGCAUAAGGUACAUGUAGAAUGUAAAUACUUGGAAAUCUUGCAGCUCAAAUGUACGAUGUGUCUCUUUCAGGUACAAGUUAGGUCUGGGUAGUGAAUCUAACACGAACCGUUUCCAACUAGAUCGUACCCGGUACCUAUACGCGUGUAGUAUUCUGCUGUGGUUUAACUACCGGAAAUUUGAGAUCAUGGACCUUGAAAGGAUAACAUACACAGGUUGCUGGAAGAUGUCAAAUAUACAAAUUGAU